GAUACCGCGAGACGGUGGCCAGUCUCGUGGAGGCGCGCGUCCCGUACCGAUCGCGCAACCCUCGAAUCCUCGUGGAAAUUAUUCCGAUCGAAAGGUGAUAUUUUUUGUAAACGGAACCAGUGCAAAUCGUCUCUCAUGUCGAGUUGGCUGUUUCCGGGUGCCGAGCACCGUUCACGAAGAAAUUGCAAACGUGACGAAACGUUCUGGGAGCGUGGUUCGGCCAGACGAAAGGAAACAGAUAGCGCGAUUCUGGGACGUCGAUUCCAAUGAGGAUUGUCGGAAGCAUCAGGGAAACGGCGAACAGAAGCAUUCUUGUCCUCGUUCCCGACGGCGAAUAUCUGAAAAUAAUUUUCUGCCAGUCCCCGGACAUAACGGCGGCGCGGUGAUAUCUCCCGUGAACCGACCAUUCCCAUCGCGCCGUUAACACAACCUUCCUUCGAAUUCCAUGCGCAACGAAUUCCCGCGGAAACCAAUCGUCUGAGCUUUAUUUUCUCGCAGAGAUGCUUGCACGCGAGGACGAUACCGAACAAUCUCUGAAAUCGCUCGUAAUUCGAGGAGGAACGCGAAUAUACGCGAGGAACGUCAAAGGAACUUUCGUUUCGAGCUGGUGAUCUUUUUGGGAACACGACACGCUCUCGAAUUCCCCAGGUGCUCUCUUUUCGAUCUAAAAGAAGAUCCGUCGAACCAGAAGAAUUCUUCGGACGAUGGAAGAUUCGAAAAAUUCAAACGAACCUCGCCAAGAUCUAUCGUGACAAGAACAGUCACUUCAGAAGAGAUUUCUUCUUCCUCGAUCACUCGGAAAACAGGGCGCCGACGAGAUUAUUAUUCUUAGCAAGAUAUACUCUGAAACUCUGCACGGAUAGAAUUAUACUGCGAAGGAAAUGAGUAUCAACGUACUAACGAAACAGGAAACGAGCCUGAAGAGUGUAAAAAGCUUGCCCGCUUGCAACAAAGCUUCCCACCUGAUCCAAUUUACUCGCGGAAUUCUAUACAACUUCGUGCUCGAGACAAAUGAAAAAAACCCCGCCGGAAUAAGCUAAACCUUCGCGUACAGUCGGGAUGCCUGUCGAUCGAGGCUGGGAAAGAAAGUCGAGCGUAGUUCGCUGAGAAUUCCGAGGAUUUCUUUAACAAUACCGGCUGAAAGUUUCUGGUGUAACUACCCGUGGAACUCAGAAUCGUAAAAACGGAGGAUACACCGGGAAGAUGCCAUUUUCAUUAAGGGAAAAUGCGAUAGGAAAGCUCUGGCAGAUUAGAGAAUUUUUAUGUGUGACAAAAAAAUGAAGUGUCUCCUUAGAAUUAAAAUUCAAAAUAAUUAUCCAUUGGAAUUAGAAACCGAUCCUGGAGAAGCUAAAUUGAUUAAUGAAUAGACACCUCAAAUGCUGGAAAUAAAUCAAAAUGGUAAAAUGGUAAUCCGUGGGAAGAAUUGAAAUUAUUGUAUCUGGUGUACUAAUGUUGAACAAAGAUUGGAUUCAAUUUUGGAAGGUGACCAAUGCAAACAAUACAGAUUGAUCCAGUGGGUCAACGCCUGAGUAGUCGAUCCAACGGAAGCCUGUUAGAGGCGUCCGUGCAUGAAACGGAAGUGGAAGUGAGCAUCACCGGUGACUCAGUCUUGUCAGUUAUCCGUGAACAGAAAUGCUGUGGCAGCAGGGAUCAUCAAUUUUAUUAUGUCUACACGUAACCGAUCAAAUGUUCUAGAGAACUCAUUAAACAAAAAUGAAAGACAUUUUCAAAUUACUAGUAUAAAAUUAUAUAAUACUCGCCAGUUUAGCACACGGUGAUGCGUGUUAAAUCCUAAGUGUUAGUGUGCAGGUGCGAAUCUCUGAAGUGUUUAAUUAAAUUAAAUUAAUUAAAUGAUUAUAUGUGUUCCAAAAGCAUUCCUAGUUAAAGAACUGCAAGAAAUGAACGAAAUAUUUAAAAAUUUCUCUAAGAAUCUAAAUGUCACGUCUAAGUGUUAAAUUAAAAUCGAGAAAGUCUAUUUGUUAAUGGUAAUAGUUUCUAAGGAAAGUAAUCGGUAAAAUGCAGGCCCUCGACGUUUUCGUUAAUUCUACGUCAGAUCCUUGGAAUAUCACCCUAUGGACGGACGAUUACGGUUAUUACAACAACACGACUGAUACGGAUUUACAACAGAGAAAUCAGUUUAUACUUCCAUGGUGGAGACAAAUGAUCUGGACGUUAUUGUUCGCCGGUAUGAUCAUCGUCGCUACCGGUGGCAAUCUGAUAGUGAUUUGGAUCGUGUUGGCUCACAAACGAAUGCGAACCGUAACCAAUUAUUUCUUGGUGAAUUUGAGCAUCGCUGACGCUAUGGUGUCUACGUUGAAUGUCACGUUCAAUUACAUCUACAUGCUGAAUAGCCACUGGCCCUUUGGCACCCUCUAUUGCAAGAUCUGCCAAUUCAUCGCGGUGCUCACUAUAUGUGCCAGCGUCUUCACCUUAAUGGCGAUUUCUAUCGACAGAUACAUGGCCAUCAUGAACCCUUUGAGGCCUCACAUGGGAAGAAGAGCUACGUUAUGCGUAGCAAUCGUCAUCUGGAUCGUAGGAGCCAUUCUAUCGUUACCAAUGUUGUUAUUUUACACAACGUACACGCAGAACUUCGCAAACGGUGAAGUACGAGUAAUCUGCUACGGUGAUUUUCCUAACAAGGACCAAGAUGGUCUCAGUUACGGCGAAUACCUGUAUAAUGUAAUUUUUACGGUACUGACAUACUUUCUGCCAAUUGGAUCGAUGACUUUUACCUACGCCAGAAUCGGAUUGGAAUUAUGGGGAUCCCAAAGCAUCGGUGAAAAUACAGCAGGACAAUUGGAGAGUAUACGAAGUAAACGAAGGGUUGUAAAAAUGAUGAUCGUGGUGGUGGUCAUAUUCGCGGUAUGCUGGUUACCAUUUCACGUGUAUUUCAUCAUAGUUUCAUAUUUUCCUGAGAUCACGAACAAACCAUACAUCCAAGAGGUUUUCUUAGGCAUCUACUGGCUCGCGAUGUCUAACAGCAUGUACAAUCCCAUAAUCUACUGCUGGAUGAAUUCCAGAUUUCGACGAGGAUUCGCUCGCUUUUUCUCCUGGUGUCCCGGGGUGAACGUGCCAGCAGAGCCCUCGUUAUCGCGAUCAGAAGCGCUAACAUCUCGCUACAGCUGCACCGGAAGCCCUCAAACGCACACCCGGAUAUCACGGAACGGCACGGCACGAAUACCUUUGUACCAGCAAUCAUCGAGGGGAGGGAACGAUCGAUUUCUGGCCCAUCAUCGUGGGAGAAAAUGGAAAACCUCGCAGACCAAGGGUCACGUGUCUUGACAAGAGGAGGAAAAUCCUGAACAACAACGAGUACAUACCUGGAUAUGAGUAAAAUAUCCUAUGCAGCGGACCUCUUCAAGAUUCAUCCUCGAUGCAACUGAAAUAAAGGAUCGAGGAGAAUGGAAUAUGGUGAUCGAAACGAAAGCUCAAAUAUCGUUGACUCAGUUCGUCGAUUAGAUAUUAAAAAUCAAAGUAUCUAUCUUGGUGUAAAUUACCAUUGAAUCGAGCUUUGAAACGACACAAUGACGACAGGUAAUCGCUUUCAAGUAUUUUCAUAUCCACCAAUUAAUUGUAUAUCUAUUUCUUCUGUUUGAUAUGAAAAAUUAGAUUAUCUGUUGCUAUUCGUCGUUCGAUCUAUGUAUAAACACAAUAACGGACCAAUGAUCUAGCUAUCUGCUAUUAAUGAAACAUUUCGUUUGAUGCUGAACAAGAAACGAGCAAUUGCGUAACAUUUGUAACGACAGUGUGCAAUAUGUUAAUCGAACGCGUGCUACUUGUUUGUAAAUGGUAAAAUGCUUAAUUGAUUAAACUUAGUGUUCCUACUGUGUAUCGUUAAUCGUGAUCAACCUUGUACUGAUUUUCACCGGACAACAAAAAAUAUUUCCUAUUUCAGAAGAUACUUCCUUGGAUAAACUCAAUACUUUUCAAUAAUAAUUCAUUUGAAUCGGUAUCGCGUUAGAAAAGAUAAACGAAAAAUAAAUAAAAAUACAAAUAUACUAUUCCUUUCUACAAUCACAAAAAAUAAACAUCUUUGUUAUAAAAACGCACAAAUCUACCUAUUAGUAAAUAGAUGCUUAAUAAUAUAUGUUGAACUUACUAAUUUUUUGUAAUUAAGCAUCACAGGAACGAAUCAAUCAAUUAGUACAAAAUAUUAUUUUGCAGAAAUAAAUGGAACGUGUAGUGUCUGUAAUAUUACAGACUAAAAAUUCUUUCAUUCGUCAAAUUCUUUAGAAGUAUGUCAUAAUAAUACCUGUUCUAUUUUCUUCUCAUUAAAAGAAAUAAAAGCAAACCAAAAUUCCUCCCCCGACUCAUAUUUCCUUCAAAAAGCUGAAGAAAAUUAAUUAGGAAAAAACUUUCAACUUUUGGUUUAGCUUUUCAGCUGUAUUAUAACGCGGAGCAAAAAUACUCUGGGAAAAACAAACGCUUUUUAAUAUACUAGUUGAAUAUACAUGUAUACGUGAUUAUACUGAAUGUAAUGAACAAAAAAAAAGGAAUAUUCAUACGAUAAGAGAUGAGUACAUUAUUCGAUAUGUACAAAACUAUGUGAAUAUCGAUGUAAGAGGCUUUUGUUUGUAGAAAAAUGCUUCCUCAAUUUAAUUGUACUUCCAAUUAAAGGAAACACAAUAAAAAUGAAGAGAGAAAAAUAUAUGAAUAUGAAAAUAAA